AUGGCUCAGAACCGUGGCCUCUACGCUGGUGUCGCUUUGGUUGGUGCCGGCGCGUACUACUUCUACCGCGCUGGUGGAGAUCCUCAAGUCGUUGGCGACGAGAUCAGGAUUGAUGCCCACAAGGCCCGCGAGAAGCUUCCCUCCACCGACAGUGCGGAGAAGAAGGGCAAGGAAUUCGGCAAGGAAGCCGGUGCCACCGUUGAUGAGGCUGUCAACAAUGCCCGCUCUAAGUUUAAGCUGGAUGAGCGCAUCCCCGAGGCCGCAGAAGAGGGCAAGAACAAGCUUGGCGAACUCCGCAAUGAGGCCAAGGACAAGUUCAACAGUGGCGUCGACCAGGUGGAUCGUACUGUCGAACAAAAGGCUGCAGAGGCCAAGGGAACACUGUCGGGCUGGUUUAGCGGCAAGAAAUAG